CCCGCAGGGUUGGGCCCAGGAGACAGCGCGCGGCCGGAGGCCGGAGCCUGGGAUGCGGCUGGCGCAGGUGUUCGCGCUCGCGGGGGCGCUGCACCUCGACGGCACCUUCGAGGCCGCGGCGCCGCGGCCCGCCGCGGAGGACCUGCGCGAGGCGGCGGAGGUGCUGGACGGUGCGACGUGCCACGAGCAGGAGGAUCGGGGCGGCCAGCACAGCAACGCCACUGCGUGCCCCGCCUGGAGGAGCAGCUCCGCGAGCGCGGCCAGCCGUGCGCCCGGACGGGCUCGGCGGGCGCCGCCAGGGCCCCCCCAGAGGAGCGCGCGCUUUGCAGGGCGGCGCGGCGGCGCGCGGCAGCCCGAGGCGCGGCAGGCACGGGCCCGUGGCGCUGGAGGCGGAGGGCGUGCGCCCCCGCCGCCCUGCGCGACCUGGCCGACGGCGCAAUGCAGCGCGCCGAGCUCGGGGGCCAGCUGAGUGCGCUGCAGCAGAGGCUCGGCCACGAGGUGAGGCCCCUGCAGGAGGUGCUGUUUAUGUACGACGAGGCCCGGGACGCCGCGCUGCAGGCUUCCUGCAUGAAGGCGCACGGGUUCGUGCUGCUGACGGCCUUCCUGCGCAUGCAGGCGCUAUUGAUGGUGGUGGGUCUCGUGCGCGACCUGGUGGACUGCGUCGCCCUCGCCGCCCGCAGGUGCUCGGCGAGGCUCAUGAGGCCGGUGCUCGAGCUGCUCGGGUGCAUGGCCGCCGCGUUGUUCGGCCUUUGCCGCGUGUGCCGCGGCGUGCUCUCCAGCACCGGGGGGCCAGCCACUGGUCAGCAGUGCCUGGUCAGCUCCAGGGAGCAGGACGCGUGGCAGGGCUCGACGGUUUGGGGGCCGUCCACGGCUGCCGUGAGGCGGCGCACGCGAGCGCAUCUGGAGGCGCUGGCCGAUGCGGCAGAGAGCUCCCCGGCGGCGCUCGCAGCCAUUGGACUGAGCUCCGAGGACGUCCGCAGGCACGCAGCAGAGCUCCAGCACAUCCAGGAGAACUGCACGCCCAUGCGGACUCCUGGCUCGAGGCCAUCGUGGUGGCUGGCGGGUGAGGGCAACGUGGGCGGUGCUGCCGAGGCGGAGGAGGAGGUGCUCGCCGCUGCGCGUCGGGCUGGGCCAGCCGAGAUGUUGAUGGCUUGUGCCAUCGUGCUCUCGCUGCCCAGCACCGUGCUCAUCGUCGAGGUCGCGACGGGCUCCUUCGACGUGGCCUGUGCUUGCGGUGUCGUUGGAGUCAGUUGCGCCGCGUGGGCAGGGCUGUUCGACGAGGGGGAGCACAUGUGCAAUGCGUCCGUCCUCGCAGUGCUGUCCUGGGCGUGCACGGUGCUCGGCGCGGCGGCUUGCCUCAUGGACGCUGGCUCCGUCGUGGCCUCCGCCGCCCUCCUCGCCACGCUGCGGCUCCGGGCGGUCGGCGCUCGCGGCACGCGCUGCCCCCUGGCGAUGGAGAGUACGUGCUCGGCCACAUGGUCGGGGGGGUCAUCCAGGCCUUCCAGCGCAGCCCGGCCGAGUUCCCCGACGAGCGGGGCCGGGCUCUGGCGGUGGCGGGCUGCGCCCUCGGCGCCUGCGCCGCGCAUGCCCUGCGCCCCGCCGGCCAGGGCUCGCCGGGCGCCGCGGCGUGGUGCGCCUCUGGGGCGGCGCUGGUGGUGA